AUGAAAUACAACGCGAACUCAGGCUGUGGCUGUUCCAACUGGUGUAUUUUUCACAUAUUGGUAUAUAUACAUAUAUAUAUAUAUAUAUAUAUAUAUAUUCAUCUACAUGGAUAUCGAUAUCGGUUAUUACUCUUGGAACAUAUACGACACUUCCUUAACAGUCUCGAGCUUGGGUGUUGUUUCUCUCUUCUUCUACAUCUUUCUAUUUGCAUCCUACUUCUGGCCUUCGAUUAUAUAGCUACUGGUUCACUCCCAACAUCACACUUAGACUGCUACAACUACUUAGUUACAUUCAACAUGGCCUCCAACAACAUCCUCUUUCUGCUAACGGCACUUGCCGGUGCAUUGGGCGCCCUUGUCUUGUUCUCUAAAUCUUCAAAGGGCAAACCUGUCUUGAAAAAGGAUGAAUUCCAAGAAUUCCCAUUGAUUCAAAAAAUCGUCCUCUCUAAAGACUCGGCCAUCUUUAGGUUCGGCUUGCCCAAGGAAAAUGAUAUAUUGGGCUUACCAAUCGGUCAACACAUUCAAAUUCAAGCAGAAAUCGACGGCAAAAAUGUUAUGCAUUCCUAUACCCCAACUUCCCUCGAUGAAGACUCAACGGGUUUCUUUGAACUGUUGAUCAAAGUCUACCCUAAUGGUAAACUGUCAACCUACAUUGAUAACCUCAAACUGGGCGAAACUAUUAGAGUCAAGGGCCCAAGGGGCCAGUACCACUACGAACCAAACAUGCUGAAACAUAUCUGCAUGGUUGCAGGUGGUACAGGAAUAACCCCAAUGUAUCAAAUUAUUAAGGCAGUCUUACGUAAUCCAAAUGAUUAUACAAAAAUCACCUUAUUAUACGGUUCCCAAACAGAGGCUGACAUCUUACUAAGAUCGGAGCUCGACGAAUUUGCUUCAAAGCAUGAAAACUUUAACGUUGUUUACUUCUUGGAUAAGGCAUCCGAUGAAUGGACCGGCAAAACAGGCUUCAUCAAUAAGGACGCAUUGGAAGAAUUCUUCCCAAAACCUUCCAGUGAUGUCCAACUGUUACUAUGUGGCCCACCAGGCCUGUGUGCAUCAAUGAAGAAGGCAUCAUUGGAGUUGGGCUUCCAAAAGGCAAAACCUGUCUCCAAGGCCGGCGAUCAGGUCUUCUUGUUCUGA